CGUUCAUCGAAAAGUAGCAUAAAGCACUUCAAGGCUUCUUAGUCAACCCCAGGCAUCGGCAGACUUUAUCCCUCACUGUAUGUAACCUGAACAAGUCAUGCACAUGAUCACGCUCGCAUUUCGGUUGCAACCAACCCGCCCGUUUCCGGUUUUAGUGUCCAACGAACAAUAUCACGCCACCAAUGAUAUUGUUGGAGAAUGUGUUGGCCAACGAAGUACUUCUGCAGCGGAACGCAACACGGGCAAUAAAGAUACAUUGUUGACAGCGGGAGUGAAUAGCCUAACAGCAGAUGCAUUUCCCUUGGCAACCUAAGCAGAGCCUCAUCAGGUUUUAACUUGUGGAUUCUCGGCCCAGAUCAAGAUAAGCUCGCGGAUCCUCAAUUUAUUACUCAAUCUCCAACGAUUCUUAAUUAUCAUCACAAAUCUACUCGAUCUCUUUCUCAUCCCGACUUAGCUUUGCCGUGAUUGGUCUAGUCACCAUGGUGUCGACACCCCCGCCAUCAGAUGACGCAGAGGGUCAUCCCCCAGAGGAGAGUCCACAUGACGAGGAGGAAGCUAAGAGCGCGUCACCGAGUAAGAAAGAAGCCAAGCAACCCAAAACAUCAAAUCGUGGACAUAAACUUCGGCAUAAACAGCCUGCGCAUUAUCGAACACAUACCAACGACUUCUCUUCGCAAGAGUCAGGCGAUCCGGUAAUGAGGCAGGCGAUGCGCUACGGCGUCGAUCCCAACACAUAUCGCCCGCCGCCGCCAGGUGCAUAUCCACCAAACGCGAACCCUUCUUAUUAUCCAUCGCCAAACCUACCGCCGCCGGCUGGCUAUCCCAAUCCUUAUACAUAUCCCGGAGGCGGAGGAUAUUUCUCUACCCCACGAGCAAGUGUUAGGGAUCCCCAGUACUUUUCUCCACCUGGUUACGAUGUCCCGCCUUCAGGAUACUCUGACCCAGGCUUCGCCCCCGCCGACUCUUACGGGUAUGAAGAGGAAAUCCCACCAUACCCUGAGUAUCCAACACCGGAGCCGAAAAGAGCCCCAGUACGACCGAGGAUCUUGCGACAACCCAAGCCACAGACCGAGCCAACCCUGAGUAGCCUUCGAAGGGAUGCGGCACACCAGAGACCUCGACGAAGACGACCAUCUGUCCCUACCAGAGAGACAGCCUCGCCAGAGGAUGGCAUAACCAUGCAAGACAUCAUGGCUGAGCUCAGAAACCUCCAACGCCAGGUAUACCAAGCCGAGAUACAAUCAGACCCAGGCAGGAUCCAAGGCCGCCCACGAAGAAGUCCAUCAGUCGCAAGUCAGUAUACUAGCGAUGACACAAGAUCCCUAAACAUAGAGAGAGAAAGGUCUCGUCAGCUCACAAGCAUAAUUUACCGGCUACUUGAAGAUAGACAACGACCAGAAUACCAAGACUCAUUGGGGUUAUCGUCAAGGCAGACAAUGAUGGACCUGCUUCAGGGCAGGGUAAGGGAACAUGAUGGAGAGAUGGCAUUGGUUAGUCAACAGGACGCACAGGAGAUACGAUCAAAGCUAGAUACUAUACUGGAGUAUCUUGAGCUUCAGGGUGGAUGGGAAGACGAGCCGGCACCGCAACGACUACGCGAGAGCCAUGAAAGAAGGCCGCAGCCUUUGGUCCUCAGAGGUCAGCCGUCAGUCGCCUCAGGUUCCUCAGUACACGUACCCUCAUCACCAACCCUAAGUCGCGCAACACCACGUCGUCGCCAGACCCUCCCAUCCGUCAUCAGACCACCUCAAGAUGCACAACCGUCUAACCAAGGUCGCACUAGACAGGGUCUGACCAGACUCCCUGAACCAGAUGACGAGGAUGAGACUUACGGAGAGUUCCGACGCCCUGCACGUACAAGAGUCAGCUCAACACAGAGUGUGGCUUCGCAGGAUAAGAGGAGGCUUGUCCAGAGGAGUGAUGCUCGACCACCGGAGAGAAAGAUUGUGGAGGGAGACCAACAGAAAGUCAGACCAGGACGGUUUGCAUAUGUCCAGACGGAGGAUGAAGAGGAUGAAGAACCUGCUCGGGCACCUGUCCCGCCGUACCCGGUGCCUGAUCCGCCUGGACAGUCAAGACGGAGAAAGUCUGUAAGAUCUGUAAGAUUUGAUUGAGUCCUAUUUAUUUUAUUUUUAUUGUCGUCAUCGGUGUAACGAUAUAGAGGGGGCGGGGUAUGUGGAUCAUCCUCAGCGCGUCUGUAUUUGAGGAGGAGGACUACUGCAACAAACUGUACGUAAUGGAAGGUGCUGGUAUUGAUCGAUGUUACACAAUGUGUACUAGGAUAGAUGGUUAUCUAAAUUAUAAGCGAGGUAGCAGAUUGAGAAUAGAGAAAUGUUCUAGAUCAUGG